GCUGAAGACUUGGAUGAUUUUAUCAAGAGCAUUAAGAAGUGUGGCAUGCCUUUCUCAUUGCCUACAAAGAGGCGCAUUCGUAAAAUGUCCCCAUCUCCACCUUUUGCCAUGCCGGCCAUCAAAGAAGACCAUUUUGAGAGAACUUUUGAUCCUGAGAAUUUCCAGUUUGGCUUAAAGAAAAAUGGUCAAAGUUUGAGGGAUCCUUCUCCAGCUAUGGUCCUAAAACAAAAAGCUGAAAACAGGGAAGGACGCACUAUGGGAAAAUGUGCAAGAGACAAGUCCAUACUCAUGUCACUUGAUAUAGUAAGAGGAAAAGAUGAAGUCAAAGAGGGAGAUAAGGUUGAUGCAGGAAAAGAAGAGAAAGAAAACAAUGGAGAGGAGCUGGGGAAGCUGGGGAAGCCAACGUCACGACUAGGAAGGAUAUCCAUUCUCUCUAGCUUACUGAGUUCCCCUCGGACCUCCAGAAAGACCAAAGAGGAAGCUUCCCCCACCUCAGAUAGCACUCUCUCAUCUAAACAACAGCAGGACCUGCCCUCGCUUGGAAAGCAAGCAGUUGUUGAUUCACCGUUGCCUGGCACUGGAGCAUAUAAAGAGGGCGUGAAAGGUACAGAUCCAGACGCUGCUGUGGGUGUUGGUGCAGGUACAACCACUGAGUCAGCACUUAGCCCCUCCUCUCCUCCUCCUCUGCCCUCAUUCUCAGAUAUAAAGCUCCCUGAUCACUUAGAGAAAUACUUACAGAAGAACAAAACAGUGUCUGAAGUCUCCAUGGAUUCCAAAAAGGUGACUAAAACAAAACCAGAUCCUGAGGGGAGUACUGCUAUGGACAAGCCUUCGAUACCAGGAGUACCUAAGGUUGAUGUUGGCGUGAAAGGUCCUAAAAGUCAGCCUCCAACCAGCAAAUCCAUCCAGCGGACUUCUCGAAAUGGACUUACCACUUCUAAAAAGAAGACACCUGUAGUAAGAGGGUUCCACAAAAGGCCUGGAAAGAUUGUCAUACAUGAACAUGAUGAGUUUCAAGGGGAGGCGGUUGAACUCUUCGGUGAUGUAGAGGAUGCCACAACGAUGAAGCUGUCCCCUGUCAUCUCGGUCAGAGUCAUCAGAGGAUGUUGGCUCAUCUAUGAAAAACCUGGCUUCCAGGGGCGCAUCAUUGCCCUUGAAGAAGGUCCCACAGAGCACAUUGUGAACAUCUGGGCAAACGAAGAAACACUAGACCAGACGGAUCAGCCUGUUCCGACAGCACCUAUUGUUAUAGGUUCUAUUCGAUUGGCAGUGAGGGACUAUGGUUUAUCCAGAAUCGACCUGUUUGCAGAGGUGAACGGCUUGGGAAGGAUGUCAACUUAUUGUGACGACACAGUAGAGCUCGGCUCCUAUGGCAUUCCACAGACCACUGGCUCCAUUAAAGUUCAUACUGGAGUCUGGCUGGUAUACAGCGAUCCUGGAUUUGGAGGUAUUAUAAGCGUGCUGGAGGAGGGGGAGUAUCCCUGCCCAGAGAGCUGGGGUUUCCCUGAGCCUUUCAUUGGGUCUCUCAGGCCCCUCAAAAUGGGAGCAAUAAAGGUGGAACAUCCAUAUGAAGUCAAGGCUUUAGUGUUUGAGAAGCCCAACUUUGAUGGAGAGUGUAUAGAGGUGAACAGUGACGUGUUCAACUUGACAGAGGAACAGGAAGAAGGAGAGGAUGGGAAUAAGAAAAUACUAUCCACCGUGGGGUCCCUCCAGAUAGUCGGUGGUCUCUGGGUGGGUUAUCAAGAAGAAGACUUUGAGGGCCAGCAGUACAUCCUAGAGGAGGGGGAGUAUCCUCACUGCAGUGACUGGGGAGGAUCUGAGGAUGGGUUCUUGUCUCUCCGGCCUCUUUGCACAGAUUUCCUGUCCCCACACGUCAAAUUGUUCACUGAGCGGCACUUUGAUGCGCUGGGGCUCAGCAUGGACUUGCUGGAUCCCGUCCUCAACAUGGAGGACACCAGCCAUGGAAUCAAAACCCAGUCCAUUAAUGUCAUGGGUGGAGUGUGGGUGGCGUUUGAGAAGCCCCAAUUCAGCGGAGAGGUCUAUAUCUUGGAGAAAGGCCUGUAUGCAAAUCCAGAGGACUGGGGAGCCCAGAACUUCAAGAUAGCAUCAAUACAGCCCAUCUUCUAUGAUACGCAGAUGGGGACAUCAAAAUUCAAGGUGCAGCUGUUUUCUGAGCCAGACUUCCAGGGAAAGCUGGUGGCUUUGGAGGACAGCGCAGAAACUCUGGAUGAAGACUUCCUGCCCAGGUCCUGUAAGGUGCUAGCUGGCAGCUGGGUGGUGUAUGAAGGAGCUCAGUUCACAGAGAACAUGUAUGUGCUGGAGGAGGGAGAGUACCCCGACACAGAGGCCAUGGGCUUCUUGUCCUCAGACUCUACCAUCCGCUCCAUACAGAUUGCCGGACAUGAGUUCUCUCUGCCCUCCAUCGUCUUGUUCAGUAAGAUGGGCUGCAGGGGUCGCAGAGUGGUGUUGACCAAUGGAGCGGUGAACCUGCUGCAGGCCGGCCUGGAUUCACACAUACGCUCCCUGGUGGUGGAGGGAGGAAUGUGGGUGUUGUAUGAAGGCAGUAACUACCGAGGUCGACAGGUACUGGUCCAGCCAAGCGAAGUGAGUGAUUGGUACAAGUUCAGCGGCUGGCAGCGAAUAGGAUCCCUGCGUCCAUUACUCCAGAAAAAGAUGUACUUCCGUCUGCGGAACAAGGAGACAGGAUGUGUGAUGUCACUGACAGGGACGCUGGAAGACAUCAAACUGAUGAGGGUCCAGGCCAUGGAGGAGACAGGAGGGCUGGAGCAGGACUGGAUCUAUCGGGACGGACAGCUCACCUGCAAGAUGGUGGAAGACUGUUGCUUGGGAACCACAGGCAAUGUGGUGAUGGCAGGCAGCCGGCUUUGUGUUACCCAAGAGCGAGGCAAAGACAACCAGCUGUGGAACAUCACCCCAGAUGGACUGGUGCACUGCCACCUCAAACCCGACCUGGUCCUGGAGGUCAAAGGUGGUCAUCAGUACGAUAAGACCCAGGUGAUCCUCAAUACUUUUGAUGAGAGGAAACUGAACCAAAGAUGGACAUUGGAGAUCCUGUGAUGUGACAAGCCUUCACAGUCCUCUGCUGCAGCUCUGCAAUGAGACUGAGUCCUGUGACGCAGCUCCACUGUGGAACCCACACCACUAAAUACAGGGCUCUGAAGGGGAUUUGGUGCGAGCGCUGCACUCUUUAGUAGUAUUUUGACCCACUUUUGUUGAGGAGGGUAAACAUUGACUGGACCAACAUUAUAACCAAACUUUGAAAAACAUGCACUCUCUUUCUGUUAUUCUGAAUGAAUAAAUGUAAAAAUAUUGCUUAUUUUUAACCACUUGAUUUUCAAACACUGUAUACCAAAGACUCCAUGCACCCUUCUCAUGUAUUCACUGCAUGUAGUAUGAGAGUCCAGCCCUGUUUCAAUGCUGCAAACCUCUUUUUACUUUUUUGGUACUUUCUACUACAUGGUGUCAGUGUGUUUUCUGAUCACACUGUCGGUAAAUAUGAAUGUACACUGUAUACUGAAGACUGUAACAUGAAGUCUGAUGUCCCUACACUCCAAACAUGUAUUU